AUGGCUGCCAAUCUCAAGCUCGCCGCCUUGUGCCUGCUCCUCUUCGUCUCGUCCCUCCCUUUGCUCGCCCGCGCCGAGUGCGAGUGCGAGACCGGCGAGGAGGAGCACGACAAGGCGGGCGCGCUAAAGCUCAAGAUCAUCGCCAUCUUCUGUAUCCUCGUGGCCAGCGCCGCGGGUUGCGCCAUUCCCUCGCUCGGCCGAAAGUUCCCGGCGCUGAGCCCGGACAAGGACCUGUUCUUCGUCAUCAAGGCCUUCGCGGCGGGGGUUAUUCUCGCCACGGCCUUCGUGCACAUCCUCCCCGAGGCCUUCGAGCGGCUCGGCUCGCCGUGCCUCGUCGACGGGCCAUGGCAGAAGUUCCCGUUCGCCGGAUUCGUCGCCAUGCUCGCGGCCAUUGCCACCCUCAUCGUCGACACCAUUGCCACGGGAUACUUCCAGCGCGCGCACGCCAAGAAUACAUCCGCGGCCGUCGGGUACGUGGAGGCCUCCGACUCCGAGCAGGCGCACGGUGGGCACUCCCACGGCGUGUCCGCCGUCAUCGCGUCGUCAUUCUCCGACGACGGCGCGCAGCUCAUCCGUCACCGCGUCAUCUCGCAGGUGCUGGAGCUGGGGAUCAUAGUGCACUCGGUGAUCAUCGGCAUGUCUUUGGGUGCAUCUGAGAAUGCCAGCACGAUCAAACCACUCGUGGUGGCGCUAACUUUUCAUCAAUUCUUCGAAGGGAUAGGGCUGGGAGGAUGCAUCGUUCAGGCUAGGUUUCGCCUCAAGUCUGUCUUGAUGAUGGCGCUCUUCUUCUCACUCACGCUGCCAGUUGGUGUCGUGAUCGGCAUCGGGAUAUCCUCUGCUUACGACGAGAAUAGCCCUAGGGCCCUAAUUGUGGAAGGGCUCCUCAGCGCUGCCGCCGCCGGAAUUCUGAACUACAUGGCGCUCGUCGACCUUCUAGCGGAAGAUUUCAUGAAUCCUAGGGUGCAGAACAACGGAAGGUUGCAGGUCGCAAAAACCUACCGGUUCUCGAUGCGGAUGGAGCUGGAGGUGGGGAUUCAGAUCGGAUCUGCUUCCACCUCCAUCAUGCCAUUUGCCUCCCGGGUGAAAGCCCUAACUACGAUGGGCACCUUGGGCUCUAUUCCCUUCUUGAAGGCGCCGCCUUGGAAGAUAGUUGGCCAGUGGACACUGUUGGGUUGGUGUUGGUGGCGCUCUGGAUCAGGAGGUGGUGCGGUGUGGAUCUAUCGCAUUAGCGGCAACGGGUCUCGGCGAUGCACGUGUGUUGAUGGACGCGCACAUGGUAGUGGCGUUGUCUGGCGUCGUGGUGGCAUCGACGGCAAUUGGGCCUGGCAAGCUCAAUGUGUGAACGCUCCUGAAGUUGGGACAACGGAAGAUGGCGGCGCAUAUUCUUGA